UUUUUUUCAAGAAUUUAUAAUUACACAUUUUCAUGGUUUAUUUAUAAAACAUUAUUUGUGGAAUGGCUUGUGCUGUAGAAAAUGAGAUUUCAGAAGAACUAAAAAGUAUUAAAAUUGAUGAAAAGCAUGAAAUGCCUUGUAUUCUGGUUCUGGGUAUGGCUGGUUCAGGAAAAACAACAUUUGUGCAGCGAUUAACAUCAUACUUAUACUCAAAAAAAACUCCACCUUAUGUAAUUAAUUUGGAUCCUGCCGUGCAUGAAAUACCGUACCCUGCAAAUAUUGAUAUUCGUGAUACUGUUGAUUAUAAGGAAGUAAUGAAACAGUAUAAUCUUGGACCUAAUGGUGCAAUUAUGACUUCAUUAAAUUUGUUUGUAACAAAGUUCGAUCAAGUACUUAAUUUUGUAGAAAAUAAAAACAAUGAAUACAGUUCCAUUAUAAUUGAUACCCCUGGACAAAUAGAAGUGUUUACUUGGUCAGCCUCAGGCGCAAUUAUUACAGAGUCACUUGCAUCAGCUCUGCCAACAAUCAUUGUUUAUGUCAUGGAUACAGCACGUAGCACGAAUCCUGUAACAUUUAUGUCUAACAUGUUAUAUGCUUGCAGCAUCAUGUAUAAAACUAAACUACCAUUUAUUGUGCUUCUAAAUAAAAUUGAUAUUGUGGAUCAUUCAUUUAUAACAGACUGGAUGACCAAUUUUGACUCAUUUCAAGAUGCUCUGAGUAUGGAGACUUCAUAUAUCUCUAACUUAACACGUUCCAUGAGUUUAGUUCUUGAUGAGUUUUAUGAACACUUAAAAUGUGUUGGAGUUUCUUCAGUAACAGGCUUGGGAAUGGAUAAUUUUAUGUCAGCAAUAAGCACAGCCAUCAUUGAAUACAACACAGAAUAUAAACCUGAACUCGAGAAAAAGAAAGUUUUGAAAACCAAAAAUGAGGAUGAUCAAAAAACUUUAAAAAGCAAAAGCUCAUUAGAAAGUGGGUUCUUUACAAAACCUGUGCCUCCAAAUAUUCCAAUUAAUUAUGCAACAAGUACUGUUGAAGAGAGUGAUGAAGAAAAUAUUGAUGAAUCAGAAAUUCGAGAAGAGCAUUCUUUUUCUCAUUUUUUAGGAAGCAAAAUUCAAAGUUCAUAAUGUAGCUUUAGAAUGUGUUAAACAAACAGAAACCAAAUAAGUUAUUAGAUAUUUGUCGCAUUUCAAGAAAUAGUUUUGCUCCGUAUGACUAUGAUUGACUAAAUUGAAUGACUUAAAUUGUCCUUUGUGAUGCAAAUAUGUGAUUUUAAAAAUUGCAGUAGUUUUAAACUGCAUAUUUUAAAAAAAAGUAUUGGUGUUGCAAAGCAACAAAUGUAAUGAAAUACAUUUAUUUUCUUUUUA